AAAAGAAAAAAAGAAAAGAAAAAAGAAAAGAAGAUUGAUAACAGACACGGUGAAACAGGUGUAUAUAGCCAGUGGCAGUAACCAACCCUUCUUCAAAACCCAAUCAGAGAUACAAACUCUUUCUCAUAAACUCUCUCAAAAUCUGAAAUCACUAUCAUCAAUCCAUGGAACAAAAUAAGGAGAAAAAUGGCCCUUGGCUAUCAGUUCCAGCAUUUGGGGACUGGGAUCAGAAGGGUCCAAUGCCGGACUAUUCGAUGGAUUUUUCAAAAAUUCGGGAAAUGAGGAAGCAAAAUAAGACAAACCUUUCAAGAGCAAGUCUUGGAAAUGAGGAGGAGUUGGUUGCCAAUUCUACCAAAACAAAUACUAUAAACACCGAUAACAAUGAGCGUCAGCACCCGCAUUACCACCAAACUGACUCUCCAGUUACAAGGAGGAGCUUCCUGAGCUACUUCAACUGUUGUAUAAAAGCAUGAUAUUCAAGGGUGUCUACAACCUUUCUCGUGUCUUAUAUAGAUUGUUGAUUAGGACAGUUAUGCUUUUGCUAUUGGUUAUAUAUUAAUUGUCCAUUGUUCUUUAGAAAAACAAACAAUUCUCAAUCUUCAAUGAGGAUUCUAUGUGUUUAAUUUGACA